AUGAAUCGCUAUCUUCCCGGAAAACCUACGGAGGUUCUAUAUGUCGAUGAAGAGGAGCCACAGAGGCUAUGGGACCCCGAAGGUGAUAUGCUCGCGUUCAAUCUACCUUAUGGAUUUGGCUUUCUAGCACCCGUGGUGGAUGCAUGCCAUCUCAAGGCGCUGGACAUAAAAGAUAGGUACUUAACCUGGGACGAGGCAUCUAUCAAAGCCAGGUUGGGGGUACUCAGAGACAUCGAGAGAGAGGACUACUCAAGCGACAUCCUAUACAUGGAUGAAGAAGAGCUCGACCAACUAACCCGCCACUACCAACGACAAGACAUCCAGAAGAACGAGCAAUACGCCAAAGCUUUCGGUCUCCUCAUUACCAACCCCAUCCCCUUCAUAGCGGCGCGCGCCUGGGUAAACUGGCCAGAUACCCUCGAGAUCCUCUCACUCAUCUCCCUCAUUAUCUCCGCGUCAUGCGUCCCCGCCGUCUACACCGACCGCCUCGCGCUCGACAUGCCCACCCGCUGGAAGUACAGGAUCAUCAGAGCAAACAUCUACCUUGCGGGUUUCCUUGCAUUUGUGGCCGUUAUUUUCCCAGCCGGCGGCAAUCUAGUGGGGUACAGGGCCGCGGAGAAAUACUGGACGAAUGAUGGUUCCAUCUUUGGCGUGUUCCCGCUAAGUAUGUUAUCCUUCUUCGGUGGAAGUGGCCAGGUCGAUGGAGUGGCUGACCGGUUCGAUGUAGUUAUGGCGCUUGUGUCCCAUGGGAUCAGGCGCAUGAUGGAGGCGGUGAAUCACUUGGAAAUGGCGCAUAUCAGGUAUAUGUAUCUUCGACCGGCCCGCUGGGAAGAGAUUGGCUUGAGGGCGGCAUUGAUAGAGCAGGGGGUGGAGGUCCCGCCUCUUCUGGAGGCGCUGCCAGUCCCGCCAGUCCCACCAGCCCCACCAGCAGCAGACGCGGCACCACCAGCGGCCGCGGGGGGCUAG